UUUAUGCGCUUUUCAGAAACUAAAUUGGACUUCAGUAAUUAUUUGACUGUCUAAAUAUCGGUAUUUAAAGUCGAAAAAUGCGGCAUAGUGUUGAAAUUUUGUUUUACCUAGCAUUGAUAACAGCUUCCACACGUGCAGACUGUCCCCACGAGCGCCAAGGAAUAAAGAGCUGGUCCAGUGCUGCGACAUGGGGCGCCGAUGGAAUUCCGAAAUCAGGCGACAGUAUUAUCAUAACAGACCAAAUAAUAAUGGACGUUUCUCCGCCUCCAUUGUAUAACGUCACAAUCGAAAAUGGCGGAAGUUUGACAUUUUCCUCAGACAAAAUUCUCACACUGAAAGCCGCAAACAUUUAUAUAAAAAAAGAUGGCGCUCUGGAGAUUGGAAGUGAGGACUGUCCUUACCGUGGAGACCUUACAGUCGUCCUUACAGGGAAUCGAGAAUCCCAUGAGUUUGAGACCCACCCUAAAGCUAUACUGGUAUCUGAGGGAGGAACACUGGAGAUUCAUGGGGCGCCAAGAUUGUCCUGGACAAAAAUAACGGAGACACUUAAUCCAGAGAGAGGAUAUGAUAGCGGAAAUAUUAUGUUUAACCAUCAGUGGGAGGAUCAAUAUAACAGCCAGAAUUCGGGAAGGUCGGGAAUUGUCGCUUACACAUUCGGCUUCAACUCGAAUGGACUUCCGGUUGUAAAAGACUUCGGAGUGUACGAUGUAAAAUGGCACAACGAGAAUCUCACCGACCAUAUAAAUAGAGUUUCAGAUGGAGAUAUAUUGAUGAUGGCUACACAAGUACAGAUUACACUUAAAGAUCCAUCCAAACAAAGCACAGGGGCUUAUGAUGCUUACGAGACACUAGUGUAUGGUGAAGUAACUGGAAACAGUAUCCUAAGGUCACUGCAACAGGACGGAAGUACUUGGGCUUUCGUCUAUCAAAAAGGGAAUCGUGAUAGUUACUCUGAAGAAACCAACCCGUUUGGUACCACAUCAACAGCCAGAUUUUUUAUGAGUAAGGACAUGAUUUUUACGGCACAAACAGUUGGAGGAUCUCAAAAAUUGCAACAGCAAGACAACUUCGUGAUAUCAAACAGGAAUGGUCUUUUCCCAUUGGUUGAGACGAUAGAUGAAGUCACAACAUGGCAGCCAGGUGACCGUGUUGUUAUCGCAUCUACUGACUACGAGUGGCAACAGGCGGAAGAGAGGACAAUUGUGUUCUGCCCAGACUGUCAGAAAAACCAGUUCCGUAUCAACGAGCCAGUCAAGUUUAUCCAUUUCGGGAAAGUUCUACACGACGCUGUGGACAUGCGUGCUGAAGUUGGUUUAGUGACCAGAAAUGUGGUUAUUCGUGGAGAAAUGGAAGAUGAGUGUCCGGAAUAUAACGGGAACUGUGAAGACAGUAAAGUCCGGGGACUGGACACAUUUGGUGCUCAUAUCAAGAUUCUUCGGAACUAUGCAAAUGUUCAUAUAGAAUAUGCCGAACUUGUUAACGUAGGCCAACAAACAGAUACCGGACGAUACCCGAUACAUUUCCAUAUGACCUUUGACAAAACAGCGGAGGCAACAGUGCCAUAUCUAAGAGGAAACUCGAUCCAUGAUACGUUCGCAAGAUGUAUAACAAUUCACGGCAGCCACGGUGUUCAGGUAAUGGACAAUUUUUGUUACAACCACAUGGGUCAUGGUUAUUUCUUGGAGGACGGGGGAGAAAUGAACAAUGUGUUCGAUGGUAACCUUGCAAUGACAACACGAACAGCUACCGGAAGUCUCGAACCUGUAGAUAAAUUCCGUCCAGCAAGCUUUUGGUUCACCAGUCCACUUAACCGAUUUAAGAAUAACGUCGCCGCUGGCGGAGAAGGUACUGGCAUCUGGGUAGUUUUUCCCGACGAACCACUCCCGCCGUCAAGGGAAUAUGGUUUGAUGGAGAAAUUUGAAGCAAAGAAAACAAUGCUGCAGGAGUUUGACAAUAAUGUUGCUCAUUCCCAGGGUCAUUUCGGUGUUAUGAUUGGUAACAGGGAGAAGGAUGACAGAAAUGUUCAAUGUUGUAACCAAUGGCAACCAUUAGAAGACCCAAAAAAUCCGGAUUCUAAUCCCAUAAAUAUUAGCCUUUCAAAAAUUACAGGUUACAAGAACAGACAGACGAACAUUUGGAUAGAGGGAGGCUAUCUUGACGUGUCUUAUGUGUCGGUUGCAGACAGUUUGAAUGGAAUAUUUGUUACAAAUGAGGGUCAGCAAGACAAACGCGCGGGACGACUAAGCCAUACAGUUGUUAUUGGCGAUAGUGAGAAUCUUGGCGAGCCCAGUAUAGAAGGAUUUGACAGAAGUUUGCCACAGCCAUGGAGAGAGGAGUUGAGAGUGAAACCCCAUUCCGGGAUAACAAUGUGGAAGGGACCAACUCAGUACAGUGACAUCUGGUUUGAUGGAUUCCAGUCAAAUGAUAUCUACGACAUUGGAGCUAUUGCCAAGAAACGGGACUCGCCUUACUUUUUCUCUGUUACGACACCAUUCAAGAAUAUACAGUAUGCAUUUGAUGACGGGGAAGGUCAAGGUAACCUAGCAAUAUCGGGAGUGAGGGGUGUUGAUACGGGGUGGAAUUCUGAAAAGGAUGGAGAACAAAUUUCUGGUUUCACUUAUUACAACACCACGCCCACGGGAGAGGAGAAGUUGUACAUCGUCAAACCAGAUCAUUUCUCAGCCGCAGCAGACGACUGUACUGUCCGGCCUAACUGGAGACUGGCAAUCUGCACAACCAAAUACGGAAAUAUGCGAGUUCAAGGAGAUUUCGAAGAAAUGAAAUCACAUGGUAUAUUUGUACGAGACGAUUUGCCUAGCGCUCAGCUCGAAUUCGUGCUGAAAACCAGAACCGGUCCGCAGGUCGUAUUGGAUGGGAGUCGAACUUACACUUUCCAUACCGUUGGCGAGAUGCCUGGUAAGAUUAAAUUCACCGCUGAUGGAAUAGAAGGGUAAGGAGCUAAUUGUAAUUUGCUAUCGCCAUUUAUGGAAAGAAUUAAUUUUAAU